CUCUCACUUCCGGUGCAGAGAGACAAAAACAGCUGAACGGUGGGGAGAAGAGAGCAGAGCGGCCCUGUAGACGCUGUUUGUUGGGACCAGUUUAAUUUGACCCAGGUCUCCGAGCAUCGACCACUCACACAGAGACACACCAGAGGAGGAGGUGAGGACACCUGCACACACCCUGAGCCAUGGUGAAGAUCAGCUUCCAGCCGGUGGCGGGACAGAAAGUGGACAAGGAGAAUGACAGCGAUAAGACGGAAAUCCUCAUCCCCCGUCCGAUGGAUGAGGAUGAGCUGGUGCUGCCUUUCCACUCAAAGAAAUCUCCCCUCAAUGGGCUUUGCUGCCUGACGUUCGGUCUAGUGGUCUUCAUGGCCAGUCUGGUUUUGGCCUCCAUCUAUGUCUACCGCUACUACUUUAUACCCCAUAUGCCAGAGGAAAACCUGUUUCACUGCAGGGUUCUCUAUGAAGACUCCGUGUACGCCCCUCUCCGUGGACGGCAGGAGCUGGAGGAAAAUGUUGGCAUCUACCUUGCUGAGAACUAUGAGAAGAUCACUGUACCUGUGCCUCACUUUGGAGGGAGUGACCCCGCUGAUAUAAUCCAUGAUUUCCACCGGGGAUUAACUGCCUACCAUGACAUUGCUUUGGACAAAUGCUAUGUUAUUGAGCUUAACACCACCAUUGUGAUGCCUCCUCGAAAUCUUUGGGAACUUCUUAUCAACGUUAAGAAGGGAACAUACCUGCCUCAGACUUACAUCAUUCAUGAAGAGAUGGUGGUGACCGGCAAAGUGCACAACAUGCGUCAGCUGGGGCCUUUCAUCUACCGGCUGUGCAACGGAAAGGAUACGUACCGCCUGACGCGCCGCGUCACCCGCAGACGCCUUAACAAGCGCGAGGCGAAGGACUGCCACCACAUCCGCCACUUUGAGAAUACGUUCGUGGUGGAAACGGUGAUCUGUGAUGGGGUGUGAACACAUCUGUGUGAAUGUUCCCACCUGAUAACACAUCUCUGCUCACUUCCCCCAGCCACUGUAGCACCCCUUCCCACCGUGGUUCUGAUCAUAUCUCAGUUGCACUUUAUCACUGCUGUUCUCGGAUAAAUAUGGUUUUCCACUACCUGUUAUGUUUUUUGUGUUGUUUUUUUUUUUUUUUUGUAUAUUUGGGGGUAUAUACCCUAAAAUGGUGAUGCAAUACUAAUUUGUUUGUUUUUUCACAUAAUAUUUCCAUGUAGCAAAUCCUUAAGCCAAUAAUAAAGGCUCAUUUCAACAUCUCUCCUCUUCUUCUUUGGGGAUUUGUUCUGUGCGAUGGUUACUGUAUCCAUGUGUCAUUAAGGCGGCAGUGCUUUUGUUCUUUUUCCUAAAGCCCUGGAGUUCAAUUUGUGUUUUAGCUUCACUAACAAUCAGCUACCUAAAGCAUGAGGUCUUGCUUUGCUUAGCAAACAUUAUCCAUGGAUUUUCAGUCAUUAAUCAAAUAUUUCCCUGUUGUGUGAAAUGUAAACCUUUAACUGCUAGUUGCUUGCUUGCAUCUUUUCUUACAUGCUUGUUGCUUCUUGCUCUUCUCUAUGCCUUUCAUUUUCUCAAAAGCUCCGCCAUGAUGUAAAAGUUAGAGAAGACUGCAUUGAUACUUAGACUGCAUAUAUUAUUUUCAGGAUGUUCCAUUUGUCAGCCAUGUGAAGACGCACAUCUUAUUUUUAUUUUAAAUAUUUUGAAAAGUAUGCCAAAUUAAUUUUUCAGUAAACAGUUUUAUCUUGCAUGUGUUCAUCUAUAAGAGAGAAGUGGAAAUCUUAGGGUUUUUGUUAAAUGAUGUUAAAGCCUUAGUCCAGAUCAGAAACUGGGCUAAAGUCAAAACGGCACGGAAGGAUCAAAUAACCCGACACGUUAGCUGAUAAAACUACAUUUGAUCUGUAUAGUUUGUCUGCCAAACAGCACCCGUCUGUGAAUUCAAUAAAAAUAACUAAACAAG